CUCCUGCAAUGCCUCGUAGCGUGACGAGUAUUACCUCUAGUAUAGCAAUUGGCUGCUGAUUGCCUCGCGCGUAUGUUUGGUUCGCCCCGGAUUACCUCUUUCCCAGCGACAUCGGCAAAUACUCACCUGUCAGCUUCCACCUUGUUGCUUGAGUCAACAAACGUAGCCUAUUCCAUCUCCAUAUUCCUGUUCCACAUCCCAGAUGAUCUAGCGAUUGUGAGCAACCGGCGCAAUCCUCGCAAUUCGACGGCGGGCUAUGCAGGCUAGCUCAACCCAACUAGUUUGGCCACCACCUGUCUCGACCGUCCGGACACGGAAGCGCUCGGCUGAGACUUUCGCCACGGGCGCUCCACCGCCGGCGCUCCGUGCAAAGAAAACGAGCUCAGCAGGGCUCAGCAAAACGAGCCGCCGAGAGACUCGUUUCCACGCGGGAGGCCCAGACCCCCGAAUCGCCGACGACAGGCGCCAAGCAAAGAGUCACUCGUCGCCGGCCUGGCAAGCUGCUGUGCUCCGUAGCAGCGCUGUGCUCCGUAAUACGGCGCUGCAGCCGCUCCCCAUAAUUCCUUGGUGUUUUGCACUAGCACGGAGCAUUUGUGCUGUGGCCUCUGCAUGUACACCGUACCCCGCCGCGCGGUGGGUGCCUCGCCGGCUGCGGCGUACCCAGGUACCGAGCACAAGCAUGUCAAGCAUGUCCACUUCAGAGCGUCACUAAAGUCUGGGGUAAACGGGGCUAGGCAGAGGGUCCAGCGGCCGCAAGCAGGGCAAUUGAGCAUUUGGCAACAAAGUCAAUUGGGCAGCAUUGCUUGGAUUGCAGGAGGCAUCAAACAACGUCGAGGCAAAAACACGACUCAACACAGAGACACCGC